ACAUGCAUCAUGACAAGUAAUGCAUAUGUAUUUAUUUAUUGAUUGAUUGAUAUUGUGUCUGGUGGCUAACUCCGUCUUGGAGAACAUCUCGGCCUUAAGAACAUUUUGUUUGCUUCCCGAGGGGUGUUCCCUUAGCUGGAGACUACUGUAUAAGCACCCCCCUUACUCCCCCUGGCUAAGGAUCAUUAUAAAUUGACAUUACUGGAUAACAGAGCAUGGUAGAUUGAACUCUUGUGUGUGCAUUUCUAAUAUAAAAUCAUUUGUAUUUUUACUUUCAUGUGUGUCUGUUUUUAUUACUUUUGAAAUGCAUUGGAGGUUUUGCCAGUUUUGCUCCAGUGGUGGUUGUAGUCCCCUGUUCACAAGUGUACAUUCUAUGUGCACACAGCUAGCUAAUAUAAACACAGUAUCAGGCAGAAGCAUAACAUGUAGAACUACGUGUCUCUUUAGGUGGAUAACUGAAUUGAUGAAACCUAGGCCUUUUCUUGGUAUAUAUGAGUUUCAUGACAAACGGUUAGUUUUUCUGCAAUCCCUGUUGUAAAAUGCUCUUUAAAAAAAGAGUCCUGCUUAUAAAAUCAUCCUUUAAAAUUCACAAGGCUCCUCUACAUUGUGGUCUAAAAUCAGGCAUCGCCCAGUAAAACCAAUUAAUUCAGGUUUACACAAUCAAUUUUGCACAAGCUGUGUCUAUCACUGAAAAACAACAAAAGGGCGUGUCUAAAAUGUAUUUUAUGUUUAGAUGUUUUAUAGAUUAAAAUGUAUUUUCACAAACAACAUGCCACCUAAUUAUUAAAUAUUUAUUUGCGGUGCUGUGUAUCUUAAUCAAGACUUUUAAUAAAAAUGAAAACGUUUUUAUUUCUGGUUAUUUUCAAAGUUGUAUCCAUGCACCUUGAAACACAUCCUUGCUGUGUUCGAAUGCCCUGCUGCGAUUUUUAUGAAAACAUCAGUAAAAAUGUGAUUUGAAUAUAUUAUUAAUGGUGUGGUUUUCAUGUUUUAUUUUUUAAAAUGACCACAGCAUCAAUGAGUGUUCAUCCCAUUUUUAAAUAUGUAUCUUCAUCUGCUACAUGACUGCCAGAAAUAGCAAUUCACCACCAUCAUCACGCAGAAUGCAGCUGCUGUACUGUAUCCAACCAGAUCUGACUCAGUUCAGAUCAUUGAAUUUCUUGGAACAAAUGGUGUUUCAACAAUGACCUGCUCGUUCAGCUGUUAGCGGUGCUUCUCUUUUUGCAGCAUUAUGCUAGGAAUGACUGUGUGCAUUAUUCACAGCAUUGUGAUGCGCUAUAUUGUUCUUUUAUUCGCGCCAUUGUUCCACGUGUAUGGUGAUGCGGUCAGCUUUGUGCUGACUUUGCAUUGUGCGAGCACAGCUGAUAUGGCUCAGUAAUGGGUCAGUGUCAGUCAGAGUUGGAUAAGCCUUGUACUGUUACAGAGAUGGAGUAGUUCCGUGCUGUCAGUUAUUAUUUUACUUAGCAAAAUGCAGGAGUCUCCGAAUUCUAUCGGCAUGGAUGGAGGGUACACCAGCAAUGUCCCUGCCUUCCUCACUAAACUCUGGACGCUGGUGGAGGAUCCUGAAACCAACCAUCUCAUUUGCUGGAGUGCCACUGGUGCAAGCUUUCAUGUCUUUGACCAGGGCAGAUUUGCCAAGGAGGUGUUACCGAAAUACUUCAAACACAACAACAUGGCAAGCUUCGUUCGGCAGCUAAACAUGUACGGGUUCAGGAAGGUGGUGAACAUUGAGCAGAGCGGGCUGGUGAAGCCGGAGAGGGAUGACACUGAGUUCCAGCAUCUGUACUUCCUGCAAGGCCAUGAACUCCUCCUGGAGCACAUCAAGCGGAAGGUUUCACUAGUGAAGAGCGAGGAGACGAAGGUCCGGCAGGAGGAUCUGAGCAAACUGCUGUAUGAGAUGCAGGUCCAGAGGAGUCAGCUGGAGAACAUGGAGUGCCAGAUGCAGGACAUGAAACAUCAAAACGAAGUCCUUUGGCGGGAAAUUGUCUCUUUAAGACAGAACCACACACAGCAGCAGAAAGUAAUGAACAAGCUGAUUCAGUUCCUGUUCAGCCAGAUGCAAUUGAACUCGCACAGCAGCGUUGGAAUCAAGAGAAAGCUACCUCUCAUGCUGGACGAUGGAAAUGCUGCCCCGCCCGCCUCCAAGUUUAGCUAUCCUCUGUCAAUGGAGCCUGUUCACGAGUCAUUCUUUAUUGAGUCUCCAUCCACAGAAACUGCCUCCUGUUCAAACAGUGUUGUAAUGGCUGGUGGACCCAUCGUAUCGGAUGUCACUGAAGCGCCACAGCCAGGUUCAUUGGAGGAAUCCAGGGAGAAGUGUCUGCUGCUGAUCAAGGAGGAGCCGAUGAGCCCCAGGCUGCAAGGGCGUGGGGAGGCGGUUUCGCUGGGCUCCUGCGAGGGGUGCGCCGAGCCGCCCGUCCUGCCAGUCUCCAUGGUGCAGUCCGUCCUGGAAGGCCAGGGUGCGGGGGGCUUGGAGAGGAGGACCAAGAGAGCUGCACUCGAAAGGACAGAAAUGAGCGACAGUGUGGAGAAUGUUGAUAUGAGCCUUGAGGAUCUACAAGUGCUGUUAAGAAGUCAUCAGCAGAACUUGGAGCUGUCCUCUGCCAUUGAACCGUUCAGUACCAGUCUUCCUUAUACUGAAUGGAACUUUACAGACAUGGAAACUCAUUUGAAAUCAUACAUGUUUUUGCACCAAGAUUCGGAAGCGUACAAUGGAUCUGCAAAUGAAGACCAGUGAAGCCCCAAACACAGUGAUAAAACGAACUUGAGUAUCAACAGAAGGAGGUAACUUCUACUUCAGCCUUAGGUUCUCAUCCAAGACAAGAGUAUUGCAUGUCAGCGCCUAAAACUGCACUGUUUAUUAACCAGUGCUGAUUAGGCCAUCCAAAAACAAGUUCCCCAGGCUGCUAUAGAAACUGUAAAGAGCUCUACGAUGACAAUGAAAAGAAGGGAUCCAAUCCGAGAUCCACUGUAUUGAACCCUCAACAAUGUGGAUUCCUCUCUCCAUGUGAUAUGAACUCGCACUGCAAGUGGAACAGCCUAC